CCGUCGGAUUGGAAGAAAAGACUGUGGCCGUUGGAUCUAAAGGGCUAUUAAGAAAAAACCUCCGUCCACAGGGCAAUUGCUCACGCGAAUUUUGUCCUCUUUCCAGGCAGUUCCGUUCCCUUUCUUCCUCUCCGGCUUUCUACUUCUUGACCUGAGACCCAGCAAUCCAGCUUCAAAAUGGCAACAAAGUACAUAAUUCCUGCUGUGCUCGGAUCGUUUGCCAUUGCUUAUGUAUGUGAUCAGCUUAUUGCUGACAAGAAGAUUUUUGGAGGAACGACACCUUCAACUGUCUCAAACAAGGAAUGGUGGGAAGAAACUGACAAGAAAUUUCAGGCAUGGCCCCGCACUGCUGGUCCACCAGUGGUGAUGAAUCCCAUCAGCCGCCAGAAUUUCAUUGUUAAGGCUGGUUCUGAAUCUUGAAGACAGAACCUGAAGACCAAACAUUUGCUUGUGUUUUUGUCGACAGUUCCAGUUUGAUUGCUACUACCUGUGAAGAAAUUGUGGUGCCCGACUCUGGUUUUGCAUUAAGAUUGUUCUUAGUUCAGAACAUUGUUUUCUUGCCCUUUCUAUUUCAAACUCAAUCUGGCCAGAGUAUCACUUGAGGAUUAUGUUAAUCUUAUUAGAUCUGAAUAAAUUUCUGUGAAGCAAUAACCAAAUUGUUUUUCUGCAUCUUCAAGGAUUCAUUAUUUCCCUGGUAUUCACCUAUGGUUAUAUUGGACAGGUUGACUUGGACCUUUUUCUUA